GGACGCCGGGCAUCAACUUUGGAUCCAAAGGCUGUGGCAGCCUUCGCCGCAUUGGAACAUGAAAAUUGGGAGAAGGCCGUGCUGGCCUACGACAAAGGCUUCGGACCUUUGACGCGCCAAUGUAUCCCCGAACUGUUGGAUGCUGUUCACUGCAAACCUGGCAGCAGGCUUUUGGAUGUUGCCACAGGACCUGGAUUUGUUGCAGAAGCUGCAGAAAAGGCUGGAGCAUCGGUGACUGCCAUGGACUUCUCUAAGAAUAUGCUUGAAUUGGCUGAGAAGCGCUUGAAGGCAGAUGUGAAAUUGGUCGAAGCAGAUGCCGCGGCAAUGCCUUUUGAAGCAAGCUCCUUUGAUGCGGUGGUGUGCAGUUUCGGGGUGCUCCAUUUGCCUGUGCCAGAGGACUUUUUCGCUGAAUCGCUGCGGAUUUUGCGUCCAGGUGGCCGCUUAGGUUUCACAGUUUGGGCAGCAACUCCAGCGACUGAAGCCAUGGCAUUGGUUCAUGAAGCAGUUCAGCUGCAUGGAAAUCCCAACGUUCCUUUGCCAGAAGCUCCACCCUUUUUCCGCUUUGCCGAUGUGAGUGAUACUACGACCACUCUGGAGACCGCUGGAUUUUGUGCUGUCGAAUGCAAGCAGGUCCCAAUGACUUGGGAUCUCCUGGACCCCACAGAGGCCUUCGUGACGUUUCGCGACGGGACUGGCCGCACAGCUGCGCUGCUAGCUGGACAGACUGAGGAUCAGCUGAAGGCUAUAGAAGAGCACAUCACCAAGGGUACUGAAGCGAAGAGGACUGGAAAGAUGUGCCGAUUUCAGAUGCCAUGUGUUCUCACCAUGGCGCAAAAACCAUAGAUUUGGACUGACCGCCUCAGAAGAAGGCACAAUGGGGAGCAC